AUGUUCUUGUCGUUAACGAAGUCAAGACUUCGACCAGUCGUUCCCCCAAAGCCUUCUAACCUCAAAGCCUUGGGGCCAAACAUCCCAAACAACUUCCAGACCAAGAACCAGAACCAGAACCAACCCCCAUCAGGGGACAGGAGCCAGUGGAGGAAACAACAUCAACUACUGGAGGGGAAGGUGAAGAGGAUUGUGCGUCAGUUCAGCAGCCAGGAGAAUGAGGUGAUGGGGCAGGCAGGGCUAGGGACAGGAACAGGGGCAGGGGCAGAGACAGUAACAGGGGCAAAGCAGGGAGACAGUGGGGUGGUAUGGUGGACAAGGACAGAGGCAGGACAGCAGGCAGACAGUGACAGGGGACAGACAGGGGCCGGGCAGGCCGACUAUGAAGCUAUAAUAAUGAGCCCUUCUGUGGAACUCAGCCUCAUACCACCUCCAGUACCACUGAGAAAGCCACGUUCUGGCCCUCAAACACAACCUACAGCACAGAGUCAUGCCGUGCCCCUGGGGCAGGAGACAGACCACCAUCAGAGCACCCUCCUCACACCUGGACAUGGACAAGAAAACAGAUCAGGUAAGCCAAGUCACAUCUCUUAACCUCAGAACGUUCCUUUGUAAGAUGAUUAGGAGUCAUCACUAUUUUCUGACAAAGAAUACAUGAAAAAGGGUGCGGUUUUGCGCAUGUAGGAACAGAGAAAACCUUGUGGUAUACUGAUGUUCCUAUAUAUCUAUGUCCAUAUGUCUGUGAGGAAGAGAAAGAGUAAAAGCUAUCACGUCUCUAAGGUACAGAAUCUGUUUUAUGUUCCAAUUAGCAGUGGUGGGAAAAGUACCCAAUUCUCACCCAGUAAAAUACUACUUGAGUAAAAGUCUAAAAGUAUUUGGUUUUAAAUAUACUUAAGUAUCAAAAGUAAAUGUAACUGCUAAAAUAUACUUAAGUAUGAAAAGUACAAGUAAAAGUAUGAAUAAUUUAAAAUUCCUUAUAUUAAGCAAACCAGACGGCAGAAUUUUUUACUUUUUUAUUUAUUUACGGAUAGCCAGGGUCACACUCCAACACUCAGACAUAAGUGUUUAGUGAGUCCGCCAGAUCAGUGGCAGUAGGGAUGACCAGGGAUGUUCUCUUGAUAAGUGUGCAAAUUUGACGAUUUUCUGUCCUGCUAAGCAUUCAAAAUGUAACAAGUAAUUUUGGGUGUCAGGGGAAAAUGUAUGGAGUAAAAAGUACAUGAUUUUCUUUAGGAAUGUAGUGAAGUAAAAGUAAAAGUUGUCAAAAAUAUAAAUAGUAAAGUACAGAUACCCCCCAAAAAAUAUUUAAGUAGUACUUUAAAGUAUUUUUACUUAAGUACUUUACACCACUGUCAAUUUGUCUCUCGUGACAGACUGUUACAUAAAUGUAAAAAUCGAGUAGCAGGAGAUUUGGUUCUGGGUGCUGAGAUUAGGUUCACAUGGAACCUUUCAUAUUAUAAUGUUGCACUAAGUAAGUAACAAAUUAACAAACAAGCACAGUGUAUUUCACACUCAUAUGUACAACACAAUAUCACACAUUCUCUUUCAGCUCCCGAUGGUAGUGAUGUGGAUGAAGCGCCUGUGUGUGUUACCAUGGAGAGCAGCCAAACCCCAGGCUCGGCAGCGCCCCCUUGUGGUCACCAUGGCAACAGGACACAGUGCCAGUGCAUCUGUCACCUGAGGAGAACUGGCAUGAAGUUAGUCUGGGUUCCUCUGGAGGAAGAGGAAGAGGAGGACUACGUAGAAGUGAUAGGGGAUGAAGAGAAAGAAAAACGAGGGAAUGAGGACCAGAAGAGAGAGAGGACAGAGGAGAAUGAAGAGAUGUUGGGAUCUUUCGGAGCAGAGGAGCGAGGGGGUAAAAGUCAGACAGGGUGCCAGACAGAGACAGCUGCUGUGUUCAGUGAGCUCAGAGAGGUCAGAGUUCACGAGGUCAGCGAGAAUAAUAGCCAGAGAUCCAUCUCUUCAAAACAUAACACAUCAUCCAUAACACAGCAGCACAGAUCAAACACAAAGCAGACUAAACCCCCUCAAAACAACACUGAGACAGAUGAGGAUGAGGUUACAUACGAGGCCAUUCCCAUGAUUGACAGGAAAGAACCACCCCCACGCCCGAUGAAACCUCCACUGACACACAAGAUGAAGCAUCCCUCUACUCAGAAGGAUCAUCUCCAGAGAACCUUGUCCACUUCCUCUCUCUCUGGCCUACUAACCUCAAUUUCAAAGUCAGACAUCCAGAAGAGUACCCCUCCCCCCCAGACUCCUCCCUCCAUCUCCCACGGCAACCCCCAUCAGCCAAUCCUGCGACCUCUACCUCCACUUCCUGUUUUACAUGAUCUCCGCCUACUCCCCUGCCCCAUCAUGCCCCACCCUCCUCAACUCAGACCUCAGAUGCCAGUGAAACCUCUUCCACCUAACCCUGAGCCCAGUGGCCCUAGCUGUCCCAGGCGACACUCAUCCACAGGUGGGUAGAGGUAGAACUCAUAGAAAUGGAUUCUAUGGUUGAUUUGGUUAUGAAUCUAGUGAUUCUAUUUCUAUGGGGAAAAAACUCACAAUUCAAUAAUGUAUCAAUGGAGAAAAAUUUGAAAACAGAGAAAUCACCACUUUCUUUCCCUCCCAGAUGCUGAUGUUGGGGAUGACUGGGUGACUGUAGACGAAGAGGAGGGAGAGGAGUAAGUCUGCUCUGCCAGUGGCAACUCUCAACAUACAUUCCAACACAAACACCAAAAAUGUGUUUACAUCUGUGUUAUGAAUCAUCUCAAACGUCAUAAAAGUUUGAUAAACAUGGUUUACCUUCAGUUUGUGCUUGAAGGAGUCACAGACAGCAUUGUGUUGUUGUUUCCACAGGCCACAGGAACAGGCAGAUAGUCCCAGGAGGAUCUCCUCAGACUGGGGACCUUUGAGGGUGGACGGUACAGACUCUCUCUGUUUUGUUUUAUUUCUGAUAUUACAACACGGAGACAAUAUAUACUGAGUAUACCAAACAUUAGGAACACCUUCCUAAUACUGAGUUAACCUGUCUCAUCACCUUAAUCUACACUGAUUGAAGCAGAUUUAACAAGUGACAUCAAUAAGGGGUCAUAGCUUUCACCUGGAUUCACCUGGUCAGUCUAUGUAAUGCAAAGAGCAGGUGUUCUUAAUGUUUUCUAUACUCUGUGUAUCUUUUUAUCUCUCCUCUCUCCUUGACCCUGAAUAUCUCUCCCUGGCCCUCUCUCUCUUUCUCUUCCACUCCCUCCCCCUCCCCCCCACACUCUCAGAACCUCUGUACCAGAUCUACCAGGCUAAGACCAUCAAGGAGGCGAUCCGGCUCCAGAGCAUCAGCCGGAGUGCCAGCAGGGCCACUGUGGACCACCAUGUGAGGCUUGGGGGCGGUGGGUCCUUAGGGGCCCCUAAGGGCCUGUCCUCCAGGGCCAGGAAGGGCCCUGCAGAGGUCAGUCUCAGUAAAUAAUUAGAGUGCUCAACUCUAAAUCCUCUUCUGUAAACAAGCAAAAAGGGUGCUUUGAACCAAAAACCAAUCACAUAAAAAUGAAAAAGGCCAGCACUCUAAAAUGAUUUGUAGUUGAAGCUUUGUGUUUCUUUUCUUCGACUCCGCGGAGGUCACACUGUGGCAGGAACUGCCGGUGGUCAGAGACAGUGGGAUCCUGGAGACACUCAGUCCAGAGGAGCUGCAGAGACAGGAGGUGAGAGGAGGAUGGGAGGGGAGGAGGGGCAGAGGGAAGGAGAGAGGGAGGGGCAGGGGGAGGAGGGGAAGGGAAAGAAGAAGGGUGGAUAUGUGGGGAUGAGAGGAGGGGGUGAGGAAAGGAGGGGGGAGAGAGAGGAGUCAGUUAUAUUUUCAUUUACAUUAUACCAGUCCUUUAUCGUACCAAAUUCCUAUCUGAAACAUUUCCUUAACAGUUCAACAAUUUCAUUCACGUUUUUUCUGUCAGAGCAUGUUUGAAGUAUUGACAUCGGAAGCCUCGUACCUCCACUCACUGAACGUUCUCACUGAUCACUUCCUGAUGUGUCGUGACCUUGACGACACACUGGUUAUCCACGACAAGAAGACCCUCUUCUCCAACAUACUCCAUGUAUACGAGGUCAGCCAGAGGUAAAUGUUGUCUGGAAAACAAACAGACAGAUGGAGGAAGAGUGGAUAGAGGAAGGGAGGGAUGAGAGAGAGGGGAUGGAAGGAGAGGGACGGAGUGGAUGGAAGGAGAGUGGAUGGAGGAAGGGAGGGAUGGAAAGAGAGUGGAUGAGAAAGAAGGAAUGGAGAGAGAGGGGAUGGAGGGAGAGGGAAUAGAAGGAGAGAGAUAUAAAAAGAGGGGAUGGAGGGAGAGGGAAUGGAGGGAGAGGGGAUGGAGAAGGGAUGGUAGAGGGGUCUGUAAAGAAAGAGAGUUCCAACCUACAGUGGGGGAAAAAAGUAUUUAGUCAGCCAGCAAUUGUGCAAGUUCUCCCACUUAAAAAGAUGAGAGAGGCCUGUAAUUUUCAUCAUAGGUACACGUCAACUAUGACAGACAAAUUGAGAUUUUUUUUCUCCAGAAAAUCACAUUGUAGGAUUUUUUAUGAAUUUAUUUGCAAAUUAUGGUGGAAAAUAAGUAUUUGGUCACCUACAAACAAGCAAGAUUUCUGGCUCUCACAGACCUGUAACUUCUUCUUUAAGAGGCUCCUCUGUCCUCCACUCGUUAUCUGUAUUAAUGGACCUGUUUGAACUUGUUAUCAGUAUAAAAGACACCUGUCCACAACCUCAAACAGUCACACUCCAAACUCCACUAUGGCCAAGACCAAAGAGCUGUCAAAGGACACCAGAAACAAAAUUGUAGACCUGCACCAGGCUGGGAAGACUGAAUCUGCAAUAGGUAAGCAGCUUGGUUUGAAGAACUCAACUGUGGGAGCAAUUAUUAGGAAAUGGAAGACAUACAAGACCACUGAUAAUCUCCCUCGAUCACGGGGCUCCACGCAAGAUCUCACCCCGUGGGGUCAAAAUGAUCACAAGAACGGUGAGCAAAAAUCCCAGAACCACACGGGAGGACCUAGUGAAUGACCUGCAGAGAGCUGGGACCAAAGUAACAAAGCCUACCAUCAGUAACACACUACGCCGCCAGGGACUCAAAUCCUGCAGUGCCAGACGUGUCCCCCUGCUUAAGCCAGUACAUGUCCAGGCCCGUCUGAAAUUUGCUAGAGUGCAUUUGGAUGAUCCAGAAGAGGAUUGGGAGAAUGUCAUAUGGUCAGAUGAAACCAAAAUAGAACUUUUUGGUAAAAACUCAACUCGUCGUGUUUGGAGGACAAAGAAUGCUGAGUUGCAUCCAAAGAACACCAUACCUACUGUGAAGCAUGGGGGUGGAAACAUCAUGCUUGGGGCUGUUUUUCUGCAAAGGGACAAGGACGACUGAUCCGUGUAAAGGAAAGAAUGAAUGGGGCCAUGUAUCGUGAGAUUUUGAGUGAAAACCUCCUUCCAUCAGCAAGGGCAUUGAAGAUGAAACGUGGCUGGGUCUUUCAGCAUGACAAUGAUCCCAAACACAGCGCCCGGGCAACGAAGGAGUGGCUUCGUAAGAAGCAUUUCAAGGUCCUGGAGUGGCCUAGCCAGUCUCCAGAUCUCAACCCCAUAGAACAUCUUUGGAGGGAGUUGAAAGUCCGUGUUGCCCAGGCGACAGCCCCAAAACAUCACUGCUCUAUAGGAGAUCUGCAUGGAGGAAUGGGCCAAAAUACGAGCAACAGUGUGUGAAAACCUUGUGGAGACUUACAGAAAACGUUUGACCUGUGUCAUUGCCAACAAAGGGUAUAUAACAAAGUAUUGAGAAACUUUUGUUAUUGACCAAAUACUUAUUUUCCACCAUAAUUAUCAAAUACAUUCAUUAAAAAUCUUACAAUGUGAUUUUCUGGCAUUUUUUUUCUCAUUUUGUCUGUCAUAGUUGACGUGUACCUAUGAUGAAAAUGACAGGCCUAUCUCAUCUUUUUAAGUGGGAGAACUUGCACAAUUGGUGGCUGACUAAAUACUUUUUUUCCCCACUGUACCUAAGUUGAAACAUCCCUCACUCUCAAAUUCUUCUCACAGGUUCAUGAAUGAUCUUCUGAAUAGGAUCGAUGAGAACAUUCUGAUAACUGAUGUGUGUGAUAUCAUCCACCAAUACGCUCUGUACGACUUCUCAGUAUACAUUGAUUACAUCCGUAACCAGGGUUACCAGGAGAGGGCCUACAGCUCCCUCAUGUGAGUAAAUAAGUUCACCCACCACACCUUAUAAGACCCAAUGUACUUAUGGAUUGUGUGCUUCUGAGUUUUGAAAUAAAUAUAUAUAUACAGUAUUUAUAUAAGACUAUUGGGCAAAACAUAACCCAAAACAAACUGCAAAUGCAUCCAACAAGUUUGUAGAGUCACAAGCUUGAUGUAGUCAUUGCAUGCAAGGAAUAUGGGACAAAAUACUAACUUUUUACUAAUUUCAUAUACUAUAAGAGAAUUUGUCAAAAGACUUCUUCAAAUGGGGGGGGGGGGGGGGGGGGGGGGGGGGGGGGGGGUUGGCUAGAUACAUAACGUGCUUUCAUUUCUAAAUGGUAAAACAUACAACCUUUUGUACUGUCACCUCAUAUGAAACAUUUUAUCUUCACUAUUAUGUAUUUGGACAGUGAAGCAAAAAUGAUUUGGCUCUAUACUCCAGCAUAUUUUUUGUUAUUGGUAAAACAAGUACACAUGGACAAAGAAACAAACGACAAGACGGAACAAGACAAAGAUUUCCCCUCCCGCCCCCCUCCCACAGGACUUCCCUAACCCAUAGUUAGAUGAGUAGUUCACACUAGCAGUCUUACUGAGUCAUACGCUGAUGAAAGAGGCUUUACUUAAAGCCAGUGGCAUGUCAUUAGUAAAGAUAGAAAAAAGUAAGGGGCCUAGACAGCUGUCCUGGGGAAUUCCUGAUUCUACCUGGAUUUUGUUGUUUGGAUUGCUUAUUUUAGUUCAAAUAAGAGUAAUAAGGAGUAGCAGGUGCCUCUAUUGUUGCAGGAGCGAGCAUCAGGGUGAAGCUGUGGCAGUUGCAAGUCACGGACAAAGGAGUUACAUUUAUCAUUAUCAUGUGGGAUCUCAGAUCUAUAUAAAUUACCAUAGAAGUCCCGGAAUGUUGAAUGUAUUAAUACUUGGUCAAAGUGUAUGAUGCCAUCCAUUGAUUUAAUUGACGUUAUAUUUAAAAAGUUUUGGUUGGCACGUAGUCUCUGAAACUGAGAUUCUGCCCAGUGUCUAUGUGAUUAAUGGUUAUUUUCUGAUAAUCUACUGAUCAAGAAUAGCUUGUGGAGAGAUGUCAGAGUGCAUUUUUGUUUCUAGUGGUGAUAAUUUGAAUUCCAAAAUCAGUAAUUUUGCGUUGUUUAAAUUAGAUUAAUAUAAGGUAGAGUAUGAGCUAAUAAAAACUUUGACCGCAUCCCACAGUAUGAGGACCCUUAACAGUCUUUGUUUAUAUCAAUUAAUUCAGAUAAUUGCUCCUCCAUCUAAGACAUGAGCUGCUGAUUGUACCAAGAGAGGCUUUGCAUAAAAUACCAUUGUGGUCGGAUAAAGCAGUGGGUAAUAUUCUAACAUUUUGAAUGUUAUCAAACAGAUCUUUAGAAGAAAAAAUAUAGUUGAUUCUUGAGGUGGCUCAAUUAAUAAAAAGAGAAAUCUCUGGCUGUAGGAUUAAGAGCGCCAGAGGUCAAUAACUGCAAUUUCAUCAGCCCAGCACCAUAGCUGAUAGUCAUUGGUCUCUCACCUCUGUUAGUCCGGUUCUAUGAUGCACAUGAUCCCAUACAGCUUUAAAAUCACCACCAAUAAAUCAGUCUGAAAUCAGACAAUUCUAGCAAAAUAUUUGUUAAUGAGCCAUGAAAGUUUUUCUCAAAUGUGUUUGGUGCAUUGACUGACACCAGAGCAAUCUUAUGCAUAUUGAUUGUAGUUUUGAUAAAAGGUAUUAUACCCUCAGCCAUUACCUACACCUAAGUUAGUGAAUUGUAAAUUCUGCUUUGCUACAAUAAUUUCCCCUCUUGUUUUUUGUUGUUGCUGAGUCAAUUCACACCUUUCUGUAACAGAUGAGACUCCUGAAUAAAUGCAAUAUCUACAUUUUUCCUUCUCAAUUAAACUAAGCAGCUAGCCCGCUUGCGAGGCAUGUUUCAUCUGUCUACAUUCCAAGACAGCAGUGUGAAAUGAUUCAUAAAACAUAUCUAAAAGACACAACAUCAAUGGAAUUAGAUAAGGUGCUACAGUUUAAUGACCUGUUGGGAAGUCCUGUCCCUUCCCCUAGUCCCUACACAAACCCUGAGGUAGACACAGUGACAAGACAUCCCACCCACAAGUACCCACAAAAAAAGACAGAGAACAACACAACAACAACAACCCAUUACCCACCCUCUGAAAAAAAUGAAAAAAAGCUGGCAGAGAUAAAGUCCGCACUCGACCACUCCCACCCCAAAAAAUUAUGUCCGUGAUCAGUGUGAGAUCGCAUGGUGUAAGAAUGAAUGCAAUCAAUUGAUUAUUGAAUGUUAUCGAUGGACACAGCUUUGUACAACCAAAACAUACACAGCCUGCCUCUGCUCAACUCUCAAACUCAAGAAGAAUCGUUUCGGUGGCUACUGCAGUUAGCGAAUGAUAGCUAGGUUAUUGGGCAAAUCUCCCUCGUGGCAGUCAAGCAAUUGCAUUCCGCCAAGAUUCGUUCACAAUUUAGUCUGGUUGCGGCAGCAACUAGACCUAAUUUCAAAGGUGUCAAUAAAUGAACUUAUUUGUAUACCUAGCAAUCCCAAAUGUACAUUGUUUGAAGCACAGUUUUAUAAGUUUCUGUCACAGAUGACAGCUCCAAUAAGCCCCCUAUGGUGAACGAGAGGCUUGUAGAAUCAUGAUUAUUUUGUUUUUAGUUCAUCGGUCCUGCGUGCUCUGGGUAUUAAAGCCGGUUUAUGGUCAUUCCGGAUCUGCAUUGGUCGUACAGCAUUUACUGCAGAAGUCAGGGCAUUCAUACUUCUUGCGCUUUGCAGAGCAGAGUUGUUGUGAAGGAAGUUGUCAAGGAAGUGAGUGUGUUUAUACAGGACCUCCCGCCCCCACCUACCGUCAACCAAUAAUGUAAACGCGGAGCUAUAUGGAGCCCUCCGCAUUGUUACAACAUUUUGGAGUGGUACGAUUUGGCCUCCGCAAGCCUAUGGAGGCUCCAAAAUUGCAUCACAUCCUCCGUACAGAGCCUCUGAAUCAAAAUUCCAGAUCAAGCAUAAAUCGUCCUUUACUGACUCAAAUGAACGGAAUGAGUCGAAAGAUUCAGUCGAAAAGAUCAGUCAGUAAAAAGAGCCGACCUUCCCAUCACUAUUCGUUAACCCACCAAUCCACUUUGUAGGCAGACCAACAACCCGUUUGCGUUGGUGAUGCGGAGGCUGGAGGAGUCUCCUAUGUGUCGUCGUCUUCCCUUCACCUCCUUUCUGCUCCUUCCUUUCCAGAGGAUCACACGCAUCAAGAUCCUCGUACAGGUCAGUGGCUGCAUCUCUCCAACCCAGAAUCAUCACAAUGUAAUCAUAAUUAGAAUCAAUUAGAUAGUUAGUUCUAAUUCCAUCACAUGCAUCAACAUCCAGGGCCCGGUUUCCCAAAAGCAUCUUAAGGCUAAGUUAAUCGUUAGAACCUUCGUAGGAGCAUCGUUAAAUCUCCCAAAACCAUUGUUACUAAAGUUGCACUUGAAAAUGCUCGUUAUGUAACGACUGCCUCAGCCACUCAUAGAACAGCUAAGUGCGUCGUUAGAUAAUGCGUCCCUUUACACACAUAGAAUCCAGAUGUUUAUCUGUCUCUCUGUGACCACCGAUAACUUCAGAACAAAGUUGGCUACAAAUACAAAGUUGCAAAUGUCUUUGCAAUUGUUUCAAAAAAAGAGAAGGAUGAAAACCGAGAUGACUGCAGUGUUGAAUACUGUAGGCGACGUAGGCCAAUAUAUUUAAAUCAUAUUAAAAUCAAUUUCAUGUUCAUUCCAUUGAGUUCUAUUACUGUCUGUAAUUUUGCCUCAAUAUAUUUCAUGAUGUGUAAUAACAUGUGCUUAACGAUGUGCCAAAUCUUGAUUUAGUGCAUUAUUAUAAGGUAAGCAUCGUCAGUAUUGUGGAAUAAUUUGAAUGUUAAGGUAAGAUUUAAAUUGAGAAAGCUGAUCCGAGAGCAGCGCUGUCUUUCUUUCGAUCCUAUCAGUAUCGACAAAUGCCUCAACAAUGCACUUAGCGAAUGUUCUCUCUGCGUGGUGUUUUGGGAAACGCAUGUUACAUCUUCGGCCAUUGUAGGAAAGAUGCAUCGAGCCCUGGUCAGUAACAGCGGCUGGCUCCAUCUCCAGGUCGCAGGUUAUAUUACAUACACAUGCAAAAAAUGUAUGCACUCACUUUACUGUAAGGCUGUAUCCAAAAUGGCACCCUAUUCCAUACAUAGUGCACUACUUUUGACCAGAGCCCUAUUGGCUUCACUAUAUAGGGAAUAGGGUGCAAUUGGGAGGCAACCUAAGUCUGCUUUUCCACACAGAACAUCCUGAAGAGGACUAAAGAGGGCACUAGGGAGGAGAACACUGCCUCUAGAGCCCUGAACUCAGUGUCUGAGGUAACACCUACUCCAUCCACCCAAAUUUGAUACACUACAUUACCAAAAGUAUGUGGACACCUGCUCGUCAAACAUCUCAUUCCAAAAUCAUGGGCAUUAAUAUGGAGUUGGUCCCCCCUUUGCUGCUAUAGCAGCCUCCACUCUUCUGGGAAGGCUUUCCAAUAGGUGUUGGAACAUUGCUGCAGGGACUUGCUUCCAUUCAGCCACAAGAGCAUUAGUGAGUGCGAGCAAUUAGACCUGGCUCGCAGUCAGCGUUCCAAUAUAUCCCAAAGGUAUUAGAUGGGGUUGAGGUCAGGGCUCUGUGCAGGCCAGUCAAUUUCUUCCACACCGAUCUCGACACACCAUUUCUGUAUGGACCUCGCUUUGUGCAUGGGGGCAUUGUUAUGCUGAAACAGGAAAGGACCUUCUCCAAACUAUUGCCACAAAGUUGGAAGCACAGAAUCGUCUAGAAUGUCAUUGUGUGCUGUAGCAUUAAAAUGUCCCUUCACUGGAACUAAUGGGCCUAGCCCGAACCAUGAAAAACAACCCCAGACCAUUAUUCCUCUCCACCAAACUUUACAGUUGGCACUAUGCAUUGGGGCAGGUAGCGUUCUCCUGGCAUCCGCUUAACACAGAUUCGUCUGUCGGACUGCCAGAUGGUGAAGCGUGAAUCAUCACUCCAGAGAACGCGUUUCCACUGCUCCGGAGUACAAUGGCGGUGAGCUUUACACCACUCCAGUCGACGCUUGGCAUUGCACAUGGUGAUCUUAGACUUGUGUGCGGCAGUUCGGCCAUGGAAACCCACUUCAUGAAGCUCCCGACGAACAGUUAUUGUGCUGACGUUGCUUCCAGAGGCAGUUUGGAACUCUGUAGUGAGUGUUGCAACCGAGGACAGACAAUUUUUAUGUGCUAUGCGCUUCAGCACUUGGCAGUCCUGUUCUGUGAGCUUGUGUGGCCUACCACUUCGCGGCUAAGCUGUUGUUGCUCCUAGACGUUUCCACUUCACAAUAACAGAACUUACAGUUGACCGGGGCAGCUCUAACAGGGCAGACAUUUUACGAACUGACGUGUUGGAAAGGUGGCAUCUUAUGACGGUGCCAUGUUGAAAGUCACUGAGCUCUUCCGUAAGGCAAUUUUACUGCCAGUGUUUGUCUAUGGAGAUUGCAUGGUUGUGUGCUCGAUUUUAUACACCUGUCAGCAAUGGGUGUGGCUGAAAUAUCCGAAUCCACAAAUUUGAAGGGGUGUCCACAUACUUUUGUAUAUAUAGUGUAUGUAUUGGUCACUGUAGACAUGCAAGCAGCAUAAAAUAUAAAACAUACACUAUGAACAAUGUGCCAUUGAAAAUAAGUAAGCCUAUUGAAAAUAUUUGAAAUCCAUUAGGAAAUGGACAGCAGUCUUUCUGGUGGAUACUUCUUCAACAUACUGGGCCAACAAAACCUUACCAAAAUGUGCUCCACCCUUUGUUGUUAUUCUCCCUCUUCCAGAUCAUCAAGGAGUCCAACACCCAGGUGGGCCAGAUGAAGCAGAUGGAGGAACUCAUACAAGUCAGUAACACACUGGAGUUCAACAAACUCAAG